AUGCUGUUUUUACCCUUGCUAUUUGGUCUGGCUGCUGGCCAGAAUGGCGGAACCACCAGCGGCCAAUGGCUGAUUAUUUCCAAUACGUCCGUGUUUUGGCCAACUUCAACCAACUAUUUGUAUGGACCAACAACAGGUCCAAAGGCCUCCGCGGUUUGGUGCGAUGCGGCGUUUGUUGAGUAUGCCGGUCGCUCGUCCGGUCUGCGAUCCCUAGGGCCCACGGCAAUAAUAACCUCGCUGGAGUCGUUCACUACGAGCGAAGGGGCAUGUAGGACAUCGAUUUCCCCCGAGGACUGGUCAAAUACGCAUUCCGGUCCGCUGACGACGCUUUGUGACGGAGUGGGACGUGCCCUAGGCCCCCGUGAAACAGCGACGGCCUACUACCCUGGCAAUGGGCCCUGUGUCACCGGUUAUUCCACCUACACCGUCCAGUCGUCCCUUUAUCGGGCACCUAGCCCCGUACCGAGCUGCACCCUCCAAACGGGAGACUGUAUUCCGAUUUGGGAAACAUAUUCGAGUCUCUCAAGCGCGUACUUUUCAUCCGUUACAACCGUCCCGCCAGGUGAUACCAAUAGCCCCAUUGCACCCUGGGACUGUCCGCAGACGACCCGCGAGUAUCCAGAACAAAACCCGUGUUCGAAUUGUCACUUUCUCCCUGGAACGGCAACCCUGUUUUAUUGGCCUGUGACUACGGCGAACGGAGACCUGUGCUUGCAGAACGGAACUACAAUCCCAGCGUCGGGACCUAGCACCGCGGUUGUCGACGGCUCGACUUUCGUCUCCCCCACCAUUUACCUUUCUUUCACGUCCAUAUAUGCAUGGAGUAACCGCCGCGCGCACCCGGGAAGCCAGUGUGGCGUAGAUCACAGCAACACCGUGAUCGCUGUGAAUCCCACGGAUGUAUCGUCAGUGCGCGGCCAUCGCAACGCCAGAUAUCCAAUUAUUGGGACUGCGUAUCCAUUCAACUUCGCCGAGUUCAUGCCGCACGAAGUCGGCCAAUCUACUCAAGCACUGAUUCCUUGGCCGCAGUACCGUGGUGGUUCGCAGUGUCCAAUCCCAGACAGCGACACCUGUACAAUAAUUCGCAAUGACUACAUGCCAUGGGUCCUACUCCCGGAGGAGGUUCGUCAAAUUGAUCCCGUGUGGACGGCCUGUGACCGGGAUUGGUAUAUCCCACCUGUGACAAUGGUCCCACUGGACAGAGCGCAGAUUGUGGUGACGCCCGCACCCGCCCCAACGGUAAUGAUGAUGGUGGACGCUGCUCCCCAGGGAGCGGUAGUGUUGCCUACACCAGAGGCAACUCGGGGGUGGUAG